ACGUCGCCGCCGCCGAUGGCCGCCCCGCUGCCCGAUGUGCCCGGCGCUGGGCGGGCAGCGGAACCCGCUGGCGGCGGCCCCCGCGUCCCCCGCCCGCCGCCCCGACCCCCAGGGGGCGACCCGCCGCCCGCGCCCCCCGACAGGAGAAAAAAAGAUGACAAUAUUUUGGAGAUCCCAUCAAUUCCAAAUCCUUUUCCUGAGCUGUGUUGCUCGCCGUUUGCAUCAGUUUUGUCAGCCAGUCUGUUGCCCAAGGCAACUUCAAGAAAAAAGCAGGUAAUCAAAGUGUAUAGUGAAGAUGAUACUAGCAGAGCUUUGGAAGUACCAAGUGAUAUAACAGCCAGGGAUGUUUGUCAGCUCUUGAUAUUGAAGAACCACUAUAUUGAUGACCACAGCUGGACUCUCUUUGAACAACUUACCAACACAGGUUUAGGAAGAGCUAUAGAAGACCAUGAAUUAGUGAUGGAAGUUCAAUCAAAUUGGGUAAUGGAAGAGGAAACCAAACUGUAUUUUAGAAAAAAUUAUGCCAAGUAUGAGUUUUUUAAAAAUCCCCUGAACUUUUUUCCAGAUCAUAUGAUAUCUUUUCCAAGUGAGACAAAUGCUGCUCUAAGCCACUCUGGGAUAUUACAGAUGUUCCUAAGCUCCAGCACGUAUCCUGAGAUUCAUGGUUAUUUGCAUGCAAAGGAGCAGGGAAAAAAAUCGUGGAAAAAACUGUACUUUCUUUUGAGAAGAUCUGGGCUUUAUUUUUCUACUAAAGGUACUUCUAAGGAGCCAAGGCAUCUGCAGUUUUUCUGUGAAUUCAGCAAUAGUGAUAUGUACAUGUCUUUAACAGGCAAAAAGAUUUCUGGAGCACCAACAAACUAUGGAUUCUGCUUUAAGCCUAACAAAUCAGGAGGAACCAGAGACCUGAAACAGCUCUGUGCAGAUGAUGAACAAAGUAGGACCUGUUGGAUGACAGCAAUUAGGUUGCUUAAGUAUGGGAUGCAGCUGUAUCAGAAUUACAUGCAACCAUAUCACGGUAGAAGUGGCUGCAGCCCUUUGAAUUUAUCAUCUAUGAGAAGCAUUUCAGAAAAUUCUUUAGUAGCAAUGGAUUUCUCAGGACACAGAAGCAGAAUUAUAGAAAAUCCAACGGAAGCCCUUUCAGUUGCAGUUGAAGAAGGAUUAGCAUGGCGGAGGAGAGGGUGUCUCCGACUCAACUCACAUGGUAGUCCUAUUGCCAUGUCUAACAUGGCUAUACACAGAUCUCAGUCGUGGUUUCAUCAUAAAAUCUCUAGAGAAGAGGCUCAGAGACUUAUUUUGCAGCAUGGACUUGUAGAUGGGGUAUUCCUGGUACGUGAUAGCCAAAGUAACCCCAAAACAUUUGUAUUGUCAUUGAGUCAUGGAUUAAAAAUAAAGCAUUUUCAAAUUGUACCAUUGGAAGAUGAUGGGAAGCUGUUCUAUACCCUUGAUGAUGGUCAUACCAGAUUUACUGAUCUCAUCCAGCUAGUGGAAUUCUACCAACUUAAUAAAGGAGUUCUGCCUUGCAAGUUAAAACACUAUUGCGCACGAAUUGCUCUUUAACCAAAGCAUCUGUUGUUUCAUCAGAGGGAAAGGAAGAUACUGGAAUACUUUUCCCCUAGAGGCAAUUUGUAUAGCAAAAAGGGGGGGAAAAGCAUUACAUUUUAAAGAUUCUAUGUUUAAGCUGCAAAAAAAAUUUAUAUUCUAUAUAGAUAAGAACUUUGCUUUGUGAUUGUCACAGCAAAAGUAACUUUAUGGUUUUAAAAAACCAUUCUUUCCUAUGUAAUUCUUUAGUGUUGUCUUGUACUUUGGUUUGUUUUUUUUCAACUGAAAACAGUUUUGAAAAAUAUUGUCUAUCUCCUAUAAAAAUACAACUGAAGAAAGAUCUUUGUUCUUAGGUUUAAAAUUAACUUUUUGUCUCUAUAAAUGUUUCUCAUAAUUUCUGUUCAUCACACAGAAGAAUAACAUUUACUGUGGUGAGGUUAAGAAGCUGAACUGCACAUUUUAUUUGUAAAUAAAAUGAAUAAAUAUUUUGCACUA